AUGCGUGACAAAGAUAUUUCUGGUUAUGAUGGUCAACACGAGGCAGCGCUGACAGAAAGCCAAGUAAUCGAACUGUGGGAAUCUCAGUACUGUUUGAGCAGAGAACAAGCCGUCAUGGUGGAGCCGGAUGAUGUAGGUUUAUUUUAAUAUCACGACAUUUAUAAUCAAAAAUUACUUUUGUUUCAUUUCAGAGGUUCCAAUACCUGCUCUAUGCAACCAUGAUGAUAGUUUUGAUACUCGGAUUUUUUGCUGUAUCAGCGAAUGGAAUGGAGCAAGUGUUGAAGUCGAAGAAACGUGCAGGGAAGUGUGCCGCGGCCAACAUGAGACUAUCCUUCAACUAUAUGGAAACACGGAGGAAAAAGAAAAUCGAACUCGAGGAACAGGCAAACAAAGGUGAGCAAGACUUAAAAUAGGGCCGUUAAUUUCACAGAAUUUUUCAAAAUGACGCAAUUUGUCAAAUUGUCUUAAUUUUGGACAAAUUACAUAUAUAACAUUGCACAAUAUUGCGCAAAGUUCUCUUAUCUGAGCGAUAGGGGCAUCAUUGUAUGUAAAUCUCUCAAACGCAAGCCAGGAACAGAUUAUGGUGAACAUUGUUCAUAUUAGUCUGUCAUUAAAAUAGUGGUGGUUCGUCGCAACGGCUAGCCGCAGCUGGAACUUUGGCGCGCGACUGCGGCCUUUUUUCGACGACGCGAAACAUUUUGCUGCGACGACUCCCACUAUUUUUCCGACAGAUUGAUACUGUCUAUAUAUUAGUCGCAAUAUAUAGAUAUUACAUUUUUUCUUUCCUUCUGCCAGACAUUGUCUAUUUAUUGGAUAUUUAGUUUCAUUUUUUCUAAAUGUCAUCAAAAUCUGACAUAUUUUUUGUUAUUCAUCCAACUGUUUCUAAUGGAAAUUUUUGAUUUUCAGGGAAGAAAUUCAUCGAUGACAAUGAGGAAAGGGAUCCCACAAAAUACGAGACGUGA